AACCUAAUCCAAGGUAGAGGGACAGUUAGAAACCAACGGGCGCGCCAAUAUUCGAUAGGAAAAAGAUCCUAAUUCUUGGACAACCUCUUUUCGCUCAAAACCAGACCAUUUAUCGGAGAAGACCGCCACCCAAAGAACCUCCCAAGUCCUUCUCCAAGACCCAAACCCUCCGCCCUCAGCUGAUUUUCUUCCAAGGAAGACGCCCCCAUAACUAUGGCGAAUCCCUCGGCUUCUACUCGGACCGAAGCUUUUCCGGUCGGUCUUCGAGUUCUGGUAGUCGACGACGAUCCCACCUGGCUAAAAAUUCUUGAAAAAAUGCUCCGAAAGUGCUCUUAUGAAGUUACUACAUGUGGCUUAGCAAGAGAUGCUUUGGAGAUGCUUCGUGAAAGAAAAGAUCAUUUUGACAUUGUAAUUAGUGAUGUCAAUAUGCCUGACAUGGAUGGUUUCAAGCUUCUUGAACAUGUUGGGCUAGAAAUGGAUCUGCCUGUUAUCAUGAUGUCUAUAGAUGGGGAAACAAGUAGGGUAAUGAAAGGUGUUCAACAUGGUGCCUGUGAUUACCUUCUUAAGCCCGUGAGAAUGAAGGAGCUAAGAAAUAUAUGGCAACAUGUUUAUAGAAAGAAAAUGCAUGAGGUGAAAGAGAUUGAAGGUCAUUAUAUCAACGAGAAUAUUCAAAUCAUGAAAAAUGGAUCUGAUGAUUUUGAAGACAGGCAUUUAUUUAGUGGAGCUGAUAUAAAUUAUGUGAGAAAACGAAAAGAUGGGGACAAUCAAGAACAUUCUGAUCAAGAAUUUAGUGAUCCUGCAACUGUUAAGAAAGCUCGAGUAAUUUGGUCUGUGGAUCUUCAUCAGAAAUUUGUGAAUGCUGUGAACCAAAUAGGAUUUGAUAAAGUUGGUCCAAAGAAAAUACUUGACUUGAUGAAUGUUCCCGGAUUAACAAGGGAAAAUGUUGCCAGCCACCUACAGAAAUACCGUCUCUACUUGAGGAGAUUGCAGAAGCAGAAUGAGGGGGGAACUUUCAGUGGAAAUAUGCAUUCUGAUUUCAGCUGCGAGGAUGUCACAGGAAACUUCGACAUGCAUAGCUCGACACAGAUGCAACAAAAUGGUGCAUCUUCAAAAUAUACAUUCACAGCUCAAAAAAUCCAAGCUCAAGAAAUGUUCUCAGAUGCCCGUGCAGAUGACUUUAAGAGCAUUUCGUCUUUGCAAGUUACAGGUAGCAAACAAGCUUUAGUAUGCGAUAUUCCUGACUCUCAGAAGGUCAUCAGUGUAUCUCGGUUAGGUGUACUGCUUCCUUCCAAGGAUAUGAUGCUGGGUGCUGGAAAGAAGUCACUGGAGCCAGCUAUAUCAAGGCAGCAGUCAUGGAGUGGAGGUAUUCCAGUUAUGCAAUUUAUGCAGUACCCGAAACAUGACCAUGAACGUUGUAGUUUGUUAGAAGACUACUCAUGUCUGCCCAAGCCUGAUCAAGAACAUCAGGUUUUGUAUCAUCUUGAUACCCCUCCAUCAGUCAUCUCGUUGACAUGCAAUACUGAGAAUGAUAUGUCUGGUCUUUCUGAAUUCAAACCAGUGCAUACAAAUCACAGGAGCAGCCACACUAAAACUGCAUCACCACUGUCUUGUAUGACUGACACCCUGUCUGUUCAAGUUGACAGUGGAUCAAGCAAUACUCAGGACUAUGGAGUAGCAUUCGAAUAGAUGGACCAACAAAUAUAAAAGAUUACUACUACAAUCAAACAUGGAGUUGUUUCGACACCUCCAUCACGAGAAUUGAGUCUUAAAAAUGAGACGGAUUUGGUUUCUUCGCCUGAGGACUUGCAGUUUUGUUCUCUUCAGGGCAUUGGUUGCUUUGAGAAUGUAGGGCUCAAUAGCAUGGAGAUUUUUCAGUACCAUGAUUCAACAUUAGUAACCGAAGUUCAUGGUAACUGGUAUGAUGGCUUGGAAUUUAACAGGGAUUAUUUGUAUGACCCAGUUGAUGAUCCUAUCAUAGAUGAGUAUCUUUUUUCCUAAUCACUCUUUUCAUAUCUGUUCUUCAAAUGGACCACUGUUCAAGAAGGAUAUUGCUCUUUCGUAUGUUCCUAUUUUGGUUCCUUUGGUGGGGGAUGAGCAACAUAGGGUCAGCAUCCUGGUGGGUGGAUUGAAAUGUUUGAUCUAACCACUUAUUCAGGUAAUGGUUGUACUACAGAUAAAAUUGUGAUUGUGUAUACUUGAAAUAUUUAAGGAUGCUGAGUAUUAUACAUCUUUAACGCUUGAAAA